GAACAGCAUUGUCUCCAAUCAGAUUGACAGCCAGCAGCUGAGCUCCUCGCUGCUGUGACCAGUACAUGGUCUGUUCACACUGCAGCAGCGGCUCCUCGUUUUGGAGCAGCUUUCCCAUUCACGUGGAGGAGGCCGUUGAUCAUGGCGCCGCGUCUCGCCCUCUCAAGACUCCUGCAUGUGUCUGCGCUGCUCUGUGCAGCUGCUCUGUCCCUUUUCACAUGUUCAGCCAGUCCAGUAUUAACCCAAGUGGACAAUGGAGUGAAGCACGGUGUCCUGAGAUCUAUGUACAGUUCUCACAACCAGAACCCCCCCUUCUACCUGCCGCCAGAAACUGGCCGUGAAACCAGGACAAGUGAAAGUCUCACACGGGUCCCGUUAAUCAUUGACCAGGAAUCGUGCCAUCAACAGUUUAGUUAUGACCAAAACAGCCCGCACAACAAGCAGCCCGGAACAGCAGCAGGUGGCGCGUGGAGAGGACACCGAGGUGGAACGAGGCCAGGCGGCAGCAGGUCAGACAGGCCACAGCCCAGAGGCCGGUACCGACCCGUGGACACGGACGCGUCUUACAGUGCUCCACAGGUCAUAAGGAGGUCGCCUCAGGCGGAAGCUGGGAGCCGCGUUUAUCUUUUCCCACAGCUUUGGACGCCCGUAAAUGCGCCCAAACCGCCCAAAGAGGCAAAGUACCCGGGCGUUUUGUCCUUUAAGGUGGUCGAUGAUGGAAGCGAUUGGACGUAUUCAGACUUUUCUUUUCGUCUUCACCCGAACAGAGACUAUUGGAGCGCGGCGCUGACUCCGCGGGGGCGCUGCGGCGACAGACAAGAGGCGACCGGGCUGCGGAGAACACCUGCGCCUCGCGCACCGUCACUCGCACAAAGGUGGGACGCCUUCAUUAAAAACCACCCGAGCCCGGAAGCACAGGCCGCGUCCGUGACGGAUUCCACCCAGAGGGAGAACUCGCACAAAAACGCCCCGUCGUAUCCGUUUAAAGACCCCCAGGCCUCGGUCCACCACGGGGCGACAGCUGGGUUCGCCGCGCGCGGCUUCGGCAGCGUCUCCUCCGGGCUCAUACGAUACGAAGCCCCGUCCGAGGACGCCCAGCGCGCCCCCGACAGCGCCCGCGCGCACGCUCCGACCGCACACCCGCCCGCGACCAGCGCUCCCCCCGCACGGCUCCGCCCGCUUCCAGCUUCAGACAGAGCAUCGGAAGGUUCGGCCCCCGUGCGUGACGCAGGGGCCCCCGGCAGCGGCGGCCCCGGCAGCGAGCGACCUGUCGCAGCGCGGCCGGCGAGUGAGGCUGGAGGGGCCGCGCGUGACGGCGAACGCGCAGCGCCCGCGAAACGUCUCUACGGCUUCAGGGGGUUUGAAAGCCCCGCGAGGAGCGCAGGGACGGAGCCGCCCGUUCUCUCUAAAGGAAGCCUCAAUGCGGUGGAAACUAGGGAUGCAUUUACGUCUCUGGGGCCCGGGUUCCACGGAGCAUCAGCUACAACACGAGCAGAAGCCGAGGCGACGCCCACACGCCCCCCCUCAGCUCCGUCUGGGUUCCAGAACGAGGGGACUGACGGUGGUUCCCGCGUGGGCAAAGACCAGAAUCCCAGACAGGUCAGAGUCUCUGCAAAAGCACACGGGCUCGGGGGAUUUAGCAUUCGGCCACACGAGGGAGCUGAGGCUCCGGUUGGAGAACCAGACGAGCCGCUCCCGCAGGAUUUGGAAGGUUCUGAACCCAGGGGCGCACGAGCAGAGCAAGGUCCCGGCACCGAUUCGGCUGAUCUGAGACCAGCAGGGGGUCCCACAUCUGAGCCGGGUGGAGCUGCAGCAGAGCAGGCGCGUGCCCCCCACUCCCCCACCAGCAGCGUCGUCAAGGCCACGCGCGUGACGGGGAAACGCAGGGACUGGCCCCACGGCGCCACGUUCUCCAGCAGCGCCGCACGCGCAGCCAUAGUCAGGCCGCGCAAGUGGCCCGUCGGCGUCCCGCACGCGCACAUCGUUGGGAGUGCGUCAUUCCGCCGCUUCGGGGCCGGCGAGAACGGUUUUAACUCUACAGCUACAGUUGAAGAACACCGUGUUAAACGCGAAGGGGGCGACGGUGGGACGGAAACGCCACACGCUUCGGUCAGUGGUAGAAAGAGGCCGGUUCGGGUUCGGUGGCAGAGUCCGACCCCGAGAGGAAAACCGUCAGCGCUGGAUCUCCUGCGCAUCCGCCGAGUCAGCGACGCUGGCGCCUCCUGGCAGGCGGUGGCAAAGCCGGGGCGGUUCCAAUAAAAGCUGGAAUUAA